UGGUACAGCUUACACAUUACUCACUGAUAAGUGGCUAGGAAUAGUUUCAAGGUUAUAAAAACAACUGCCUAUAAUGUGGUUGAAGUUAUGAUUUGGUCGUGCAACGUGACAUAAUCGAGAACUGUUAACUUAUUGGUAAUCGUCUGGGUCAUGGACGAAUUAUACAUUCGUCCAUGUCUGGGUCAAAUGUGUCAUCCCGAUAUAACGUGUGGACCUUUACAUAACUGUUGAAUCAUGCGUUUCCUUUUACAACUUAUUACAUCUACAUAGUAAGAGCGCUAGGAGAGUAAGGUGUCCGUUAUCGAGUAUUUUUGCAUGGUAUGCUUCUAUACGUGCCAUGGCAGACGUCCGGAGUUGGCUGCAGUCACUAAUGAGGGAAGCUUUUGGCAUUCUGGCCUUCGUCUACAUUUGGAUCGCCCUGAUGGUGUGGCAGCUUUACAUUAUAGUGUACACCAAAUUAUCGACCUGGUUCCCAAGAACGUCAGCAUUAAUUUCAAGCUCAGUUAGAUGGGCGCACAGUUUAAUCUCCGGUGGAAAUACCAAAACACACGUUUUGAUAACAAUGCCGUUUUCUCCCUUUUGCGAGACAGUGAGGUGGGCAUUUGACAUGGCUGGAGAGCCAUAUGACGAGAGGUCUGUAGGGCCAAUCUUCCAUUAUUUUGUUAGCCUGUUCCAAACUCUGGGCUCCAAUCGUGCCGUUCCUAUUAUGAUAACCCACCCCGAUCAUCGCGUCCUGCCAACUUCACACGCUUGCCUCCGCUUCCUCGGGGACUUGAAUAACGAACGAUUCGGAGAGGACUGGGUUUUCCCAUCCAGGGAUGCGGAGGAAUUUGAAAUGAACCUCUCAGCUGACGAUUCGUAUGGUCAGGCUGUCAUGAGAUGUGUAUACCAUUAUUUUUUCACGGCAAAGGAAGACGACGGUAAAAAACAAUUAUUACAAGUGUGCAAAAAAGGAAUUUCAAAAUGGCAAUCUGUAUUGCUACCAUUCCUGUGGCCUGGUUAUGAGUUGAUAAUCAAACUCAGUCUGAAAGUCGACGAUCAAGUGACAUUCAAAGCAAAUAUAGAGCAAGUUGAUAAAACAUGGGACAAGGUCAACCAACUGUUGUCCGAUGGCCGAAAGUAUAUAUUAGGCACAAGACAGGCUUCUGGGGCUGAUAUCGCGUUUGCAGCCCUCUCAUACCCUCUGAUCCUACCAACUGAAAUGGAUGGCGGGCUUUUCUCCUUCAGCAAAGACCCGUUGCCGCCUCGUUAUCGCAAAGAGGUCGAGCGACGGAGGAAGUCCGCGGCGGGUAGAUUUGUUCUACGUCUUUUCAAAGAAGAGCGACAUAUCACAUUUCAAACAUAGAUCGUGGUGGUUCGCCAUGGAUCUUUGAAGUCAUGUGUGAAUAGAACUUCCAUAGCCAGAGUAACAAUGACCCCAGAAGUUAGCCCAUCUAUUUACGAAGUGGCUCGAUCACCCGGGUCGGGAGUUUUAAAUUAGAAUUGCGAAACAGUUCCCACCUCGUCCCAUUAACUGCUCAAACGCAGUGGAAGAAGCGUUCAUCUUGUUAAGUAAUGUAGUUGCUUUUGAAGAAAAACCUUGAUAAUUUAAAUUUUAAACGAAUCAAAACAAUUGUGGUCCUACUGAUAAACACAUAAUGUACUUAUAGCAAUAUUGCAAUUAAAUUCUAUAAAU